ACUCGUGUGUGUAUAUGUUUUGAAGACAAUCUUUUGAAGCAAAUAAUUACUGUAAUAUUUUUUCACUGCUAAAAGAUUCAAAAAAUAUUUGGUUAAAUAUUUUCAAUCCCAUCGUAAAUAAAAGCUUUUAUUAUUAUUAUUAUUUUAUGAAAAAUUGAUUCAAUGGUUCAGAAUAUAAAGUAGUCUUCAUAUAAGAUUCAUUCAAUACACCAGAUAUGAGAAAAAAUUUUUAUGUGUGGCUCACGUAUUGGCGUUAAAUCAAUUGGUUCAGCGAUAUAUUAUAUCUCUACUACUAAUAUAUAACGCUUUUAUAUAUAUAUAUGGACUCAAAACGAUAAUCAUUGGGUAAAUCCUUUAGGCAUUGAUCAUCAGCAGCAGCUUUGGUUACAAAGAUAUAACAAAUAGCUGUUAGUGUUUUGGUAUAUCCUAUCAAUUAAUAAUAUUUGUUUGGCGAGAGUCAGUCAGUCAUCCCAACCGAUUUACCGACAAUAAUGACACCACCAAAGCUGGGCUCACUGUCCAAUGAACAGAUAUUUCUGCAUCUAAUGUCACGGCUGGACACGACCCGAAUUAAGGCCAAUCGUCGCCGACAGAUGACCGACGAAGUGCGGACACUUGAAUUCUGGAGGGCUAUCAUUGCCGAGUGUUUGUCAUCGUUUUUCUAUGUGUUCUUACUCUGUGCUACACAUAUAUCAUGGACGGGCUCUCAUUUAGCCUAUCAGCCCAAUUGGCUAAUCAUGUCGUUGACCAGUGGCUGUGCAAUGGCAACACUUUCGCAGUGUUUUGGACAUAUCAGCGGUGCUCACGUCAAUCCAGCCGUCACUUGUGCACUGUUUGUCACCUCUAAGAUAACCCCUCUGAGGACACUCCUGUAUGUGAUUGCACAGUGCGGCGGAUCCAUUGCCGGCGCGGCACUACUCUAUGGUGUAUCGGUGACUGGCCAUCAAGGUAUAGGUCCACUGGGCAUUUCAGUAGCGCACGACCAGCUAAACUCAUGGCAGAUAUUUGGCGUAGAGUUUGUGCUGACAUUUCUAGUUGUGUUCACCAUAUUUGCAACACUGGAUCCAAACCGUAAAUCAUUAGGCAGUGAUUCCCUAUCCAUUGGCAUCGCAUAUCUUGUCUGUUCAUUGACUGGGUUACCGGCCAGUGGUGCAUCACUGAACCCGGCGCGCACAUUGGGACCGGCAUUUGUCAUGAAUCGAUGGAAAAAUCAUUGGGUCUAUUGGUUGGGCCCUAUAUUGGGUGGAGUAGUGGCCGGAUUGAUAUAUGAGUUUAUAUUUGAUACCAAAAAAUCUGGUCAAUUGAUACGCGAGGCCUUUGAUGAAGUGGAAAGAGAUUCAAAUAUUGACGACGAUUACGAAGAUCCGGACAUCAAGAUUAACAAUAAGCCGGUGGUUGCCUACAGUACCACAUCGGCCACGUCGUCGGGCAGCAGUAGUGGUCACCGUAGUAAUCAUACACAACAGAGUACUGUACCCAAUGGUGGUCCCGGUGUUCAUUACGAAACGUUCAGGACUCUGGCCCAAAUUAAUACAUACACACCGACACCGGCAGCCAUGGACGGCGUGUACGGCACUAGUAGUGGCGGAACACCGCAUCACGUUAAGCUGCCGUCCAAUAACUAUCAUCUGAAUAACUCAAACUAUGCCGGCGUUUACGGUACACAACGCUACGGACACAACACCUUAAGACAACUUCCCUCUCGUAUGGAUUACGGCGCUUCCAUACCAGUAUCUACCGGUCCCGGCAAUACCAAGUUUUAAUUUAUUAAACCAAAAUAUAUAUUAUAAUUUUGUUUAUAU